AUCUCGACCUCUCAGGUCAUUUCUCCCCAAGAUUCUGUCGCUCAGCGUAAAAGCAUAGACCUAUUUUCACGCGUUGUGUCGGAUCCAAACGGGAAGACGGACUCUUUAGGGUUUUUCUCCUCUCGGGCUUUUCCGCUGGAUGAACGAUUACCGUUGAUUCCUUCGAUUCGAAUCUCCCAACCGAGUUUUGAGGUUUUCACUUGUCGUAUACGGUAAAAAGAGACAAAGCAAAGAGAGCAUCUUCGAGGUUUUGGCUAUUCCAUCUUCCUGGCAAGUUACAAGCUGUUUUGGUUUAACGACGGGAUACAGUUGCAAUUAUGAGUGCAUCAUGGGCAGAUGUUGCUGAAUCAGAGAAGGUGGUCUCUGGGUUUUCUAGUCACAAUUCUCAGCCAUCAAGACCCGCUUAUGUUCCUCCACAUCUGCGGAACAUGCAAACGUCAGCUGAACAGGUUGCUCAUGCUUCAGCCAAUGGUCGUGUAGGGUACAGUGGCCCAUCCGGUGGUUCACGAUGGGCUACUGGUGGUGCUGGUGGCGGCGGCUACAGGACAGAUGCAGGGCGUCCUGGCUAUGGUGGACAACAAGGAGAUGGUGGUUGGAACAACAGAAGUAGAGGUUGGGACCGUAGGGAACGUGAAGUUAAUCCAUUUGGUGAUGAGGCUGAGUUAGAACAACCUUUUACUGAGCAGGAGAAUACAGGCAUCAACUUUGAUGCCUAUGAGGAUAUUCCGGUCGAGACAAGUGGGGAUAAUGUCCCACCUCCUGUUAAUACGUUCGCCGAGAUAGACCUGGGGGAGGCUUUAAACCUAAAUAUCCGUAGGUGCAAAUAUGUCAAGCCAACACCUGUGCAACGUAAUGCGAUUCCGAUAUUGCUUUCAGGAAGGGAUCUGAUGGCUUGUGCUCAGACUGGAUCUGGGAAGACAGCUGCCUUUUGCUUUCCAAUAAUUAGUGGAAUUAUGAAAGAGCCAUAUGUGCAGAGGCCACGCGGUUCGCGUACAGUCUAUCCUCUUGCACUCAUCCUCUCACCGACAAGAGAACUGGCAUGCCAGAUUCAUGAUGAAGCCAGAAAGUUCUCCUAUCAAACCGGUGUGAAGGUUGUUGUUGCCUAUGGAGGAACACCGAUUAACCAACAGCUUCGAGAGCUUGAGAGGGGAGUUGAUAUUCUUGUGGCUACUCCUGGAAGGUUGAAUGAUUUGCUUGAGAGAGCUAGAAUCUCGUUACAGAUGAUUAGAUUUUUAGCUCUUGAUGAGGCAGAUAGGAUGCUGGACAUGGGCUUUGAACCCCAAAUAAGAAAGAUUGUUGAACAGAUGGACAUGCCUCCAAGUGGAGUUCGGCAGACAAUGUUGUUCAGUGCUACUUUUCCAAGAGAGAUUCAGAGACUUGCGUCUGAUUUCCUGUCAAACUAUAUAUUUUUGGCGGUGGGAAGGGUGGGUUCAAGUACUGAAUUAAUUGUCCAAAGAGUAGAGUUUGUUCAUGAAUCUGACAAGAGAAGCCAUCUUAUGGACUUGCUUCAUGCGCAAAGAGAGAGUGGCAUCCAAGACAAGCAAGCUCUGACAUUAGUUUUCGUCGAGACAAAGAAGGGAGCAGAUUCAUUGGAACACUGGCUGUGCAUGAAUGGGUUUCCAGCAACCUCCAUUCAUGGUGAUAGAUCACAACAGGAAAGAGAAGUGGCGUUGAGGUCAUUCAAGAGCGGGAGGACUCCGAUUUUGGUGGCAACAGAUGUCGCAGCUCGGGGACUCGACAUUCCACACGUGGCUCACGUCGUGAACUUUGAUCUACCAAACGAUGUAGAUGACUAUGUCCACCGCAUUGGACGGACAGGACGUGCGGGCAAGACAGGACUAGCGACUGCGUUCUUCAACGACAACAACACAUCACUUGCAAGGCCACUCGCUGAUCUGAUGCAAGAAGCAAACCAGGAGGUGCCUGCCUGGCUCACUCGGUACGCGUCUCGUGCUUCUUAUGGAGGCGGUAAGAACCGUCGUUCUGGUGGGCGUUUCGGUGGUCGUGACUUCAGAAAGGAAGGUUCUUUCAGUAGAGGCGGUGGCGGUAAUGAUUACUACAGCGGCGGUUAUGCUGCAGCUGCCCAGGGUGGCGGCGGCGGCGGCGGGUACGGUUAUGGGUAUGGCCCUGGAGUGACCAGUGCUUGGGAUUAGGCUCCCAAAGUUCUUUAUUUAAAACUAAACUUGUUAUUUAUUUUCUAUAUUUCCAAAUAUAUGUGGUACCUUAAGAUUUCAGAGUUGGAUAUAACUAAUGCUGGGUCUUAGGUGAAAUCUUUUUUGUGGUUUGAUUGUAGGAUUGGCCUGAAAAACAGUCAUUGGUUCUUCCGAUUUUGGUCA